UUCGCAAUCAUGAAACUUAUUUGCAUUUUUGCCUUAGUCCUGAUCGCCAGCGUUCAGGCUAACCAAAAUCGUUGUCGCCCCGUAUGCCGUGCCAAACAGCACAGCAGGGCCAUAUGUGCCACCGAUGGCCAGCAAAAGAUUUGCCAUCGCAUGUCUCAAUGCAAAAUGGAGGAGGAGAAUUGUCGCCGUCGCAGUGCCAAUAAGCCAUUACUUUCCAAUGUCGCUGAUACACGUUGUCGCAACAUUCGAGGUCCCAACAUGAGGGGUGCCUGUGCUAAGCCUGUGCGUUCACCACGUUCCACACCAAUUGACUGCAGUAGUUUGAGAUGCACCAAUCCCAGCAAAGAAUUGAAAUGUUAUCGUUGCAGUCAUGAUCUGUGCCAACGUUUGACACCCUGUCAAUUGCAACGCAUCAAUUGUGAACGUGGUCGAUCGAAUCGCUUGACUUUGGCCAAUAGUUUCCAAUGUGCUGGCAUGAAAAGUGGCCAAUCUUUGCAGAAAUGCAAACCUAUACGCAGAAGGGGUUAAA